UUACUCUACGACCGAAGGAGCAACCAGUUAGGCUCAGAAAACCCCUGAUUUAUUUAUCGAUUUAUCUCUCUUCGCAUAAUCUUUCGUUAAUUAGGAAAAAAUUAACAAAUGUCACUAUCCAUUUCAGUGUCGUUGAUUCACCUGUUUUGGUAAAAAUUGGAGUACGAUUUCCGCCGCUGAACGAAGAACAGUGCAAUCAGUUAAAAGAGCUGUGAUAAUGCCAAUUUUAUAUUAUCAAGAGCAUAAUAAAUCAUUACAAUAACACGUUUCGUUGAAGGACAAGUAUGCCAAGCUGUUUGCUUUUUCCCCAUCCACCGCCUCCAUUUCGUGCUAUUUACCAAAGCAACUGUUGUGAAACUAAUCAUCUGUAAUUAAUAUGACUUCAUCUGCAUCUUCGGACGUGUUUCGGAUUUGGCGCUGAUCGUGUAACGUCAGAAAGUGUUGUUGACGAUCACGUUCGCCGACCUUCAUCAUCAUCAUGAGCAAUCUAAUGUCGACAUAUCGAGUUGUUGGGGGAAAAAAUGGAAAAGGUUUGAUACCUACCCCUUUUCUUACCUAUAUUGAUUGUUUACUGUGACAAAGAAACGAUGCUUUCCUCAGGUUAGAGUGAGGAGAAUUGGUUGUUUAUUAUGACACAGACACGAUUGCUUUCUUAGUUUAGUUUACGAAGAUGUGGCAGAGCUACUAUUCCAAUUCAAGUUGAAGAUUUGAUCCAGUCCUUUUUAUUAUUCACCAAAUGAGAAAUGGAGACUAAAUUGUUCGAAAGUUGCUUUACAUGCUCCUAUAUUCUUGCGUGGGAAGUACGUGCGUUUUUAUGAUUGCAUGCGGUUUCGUCACGAAAACGCGACAGUGUUGCUGAUUGUUCGGCUAGGUUAAGACUCACUAACUUAUUAAGAACGAAGAAGUAGUUUUAUGAAAUAACCAACUACCGAAUAAAUGAGAAGACAGAACAAGUUAUUUAUGAGUAACAAGGCAUUUUAAGUCAAUUUACUUUCAAAACUUUUAAUUAGAAGAAACCUCAACUACUUAGAAUCUAAUUAAAAGCUCCAACGAUUUCAGAUGUUGAUAUCCCGAGAUCAAGCCGGGAUUGUUAAGGUUACAGGACAGGAGGUUGAGAAGCAUCGAUCCCGACUGCUCUCCAUGUCUGUAACACAACUAGCUCAGUGUUCUGUCUCUCCCUGUUGAACUUGUUAGAUGCAUCAAAUGCGAUAAUAUCAAAUUGAAAUGACGCUCUUUCAUUAAAUUCAGAAAGCAAUACAAUCAUAUCGCUUCAUAAUACCGGUAAAUCAUCACAAAAGUCGCAUGCAUACUUUUAGGGCAAAAUGAGUCCCCAUUCUCCUUUUAAUUAUUUAGGUAAAGAAUGAUUUGUUCACUAGCAGUGCUUGUGUGACACAGAUAUUCUCUCUGUGAAGAUUGCUUACCUUCUUCUCACCAGUAACAGUGGCCAGAAAAAGCAUAAUUCUUUGCGAAAAUAAAUCUUGUUAAUUUUUAAGUUCGUUGGAAAUAUUCCUCUGACUUUUUCAUUGUGGAUUGUGCGAUCUGACGUUCUGAUAUGUAAAUUCAUUUAAUUAUUUUGUCAUAAAAAGUCUCAUUCGGAGAGGAUUUAUCGCUUAUUUGAUAACGUUUACAGCACCUGCAGUAAAUGUUUACAGAAACAGCUUGAAAUGCCAUAUAUUAAAUGAAGCAGCUCAGAAUAAAAAUAUUCAAAAUACACUAAUUUUACCAAACAUUGGAUUAAAAACUGUGCAACAAAAGGAACUAGUCUCUUUCUGGGCAAAUUUCUAAGAAUAAGAGAGAUUGAGUUUUUUAUCGCGCAUGGUAAGUAGAAGAGUUAAUUUUCAGCUGCUAAGUUUUCCUCUGUUACUCGAUGUCUUUUUGACCUUUCAUCUCCUUCCUUGGCCAUCUAUGUUUCCCCUUGGAGAGGUUUUAAUUUUUUUAACCGCAAGUUGCUAAGUGGGAAUCGAACAGGAUAGUGGUCAUGGUUGAAGAACAAGUAAAUAUUGGACCAAAAUAAUACCCAUGUUUUUUGAUAGUUGACAUUUCAGGGAAUGAUGAAGUAGCUCUGAUGGCGACAGCUUUUCUAUAUUUUCGAAGAAAAGUUGCAAUAUCGUGCACUCGAGUGUUCUCUAACGAAGAGGACGAAGGAGCACGCCGAUAGCGAGAGUUUAUAAUCGCGUGUGAUUGUGAUCUCUGUUAAUCUGCAAAAUUUUCGGGCAUGCAAACAUAUUUUUUCACUCUUCCAUGGUCUAUAGAUGAAUUUAAUGUUCACCUCUAUAUUCGAGUCUCACUAGUUCAAUCAAAUUUACCAUGGUUGCCAACCUGAAAAAACCCCUUGAUUCAGGGAUGGGGCCGAAAGCAAACUCAGAAAACUUGACUCUCAUUCGCCAGAGUGAAGAGCUAACUUUUACUAACUUUUCGUGACAGCAGCCCAUGGUCAUCCUUACCCUAUUCCUGUAAAAGGCUGAAAUCAUGAAAUAAAAUGUUAUGUAAAUCUUAUCAAUAGAUACUGCAAGGUUGAGGUCUGGGGGCACCCAACGAAGCAACGCAUCUUUGAACAAAGUUGAUCCUCGGUUCGACAACGAUUCUGUGGAACUAAUGAACUACCAUCCUGGUGACGUUGAUGGAACUCGCAUCCUGGUUCCUAAUGUUGAAGUAUAUAGGCCGACCAUGAAUAGCUUUAUUUACUUCUCGAACGAGAAUUUUGCAGCCAAGGUAAAUGUGAACACAUUGAAUCGGGAAGGAGUGGCCCCAAUUCAUCGAGCUGUUCGCAUUAAUGAUGUUGGGGCAUUAGCCUCUUUAUUAGAAAGCGACGCAGAUAUCAAUCUUGCAGACAGAACUGGAUCGACGCCUCUUAUCACUGCUGCAAGAUUUAACAGAUCAGAGAUGGUUAAGCUUCUUCUUGAAAGAGGAGCUAAUCCUCUUAUAGGAAAUGAGUCUUCUUCGAUUUCACCACUUCACGAAGCUGCCAGAAGGGGUUUCACGGAGAUUUGUAUUCUACUGCUGAAUGAUUCCAGAAUAAAAGCUACCACUAUAAACUACGGACAUGUUUCGCCUUUGCACAUGGCCUGCUUCGGCGGAGAUCGAGCCACAUGUGAACUGAUCUUAAAACAUGGUGCCGAUGUUACCUACAUUUCGAAGGUAACUAAAAAUACUCCACUUCAUUUUGCGGCUUGGAAUGGGGAUGAAUAUAAUUGCAAGCUUCUUAUCAACGCAGGUAAUUGUUCGUUCUCCCUGACCUGA